AUGGCGGGCAUCGCUUUUGGUGCGCCUUCCAAUCUCACUACGCACUCAAUCGAUCUUGCGCCUGUCUAUACCAAUGGCACCGUCAGCGUGGAGCAUCUUUCUGUGGCCGGAAACCUCGAUGGCUUCAAGAUGGUCACUCCUGCUGCUCGCAAGAGUGCCGAUUUCUGGUACUUUGACGUCUUCUCCAGCGCCAGCAACCAGACGCUCAACAUUGUCUUCUUCAAUUCCGGCGAAUUUUCCCAGUACCCGCAUCCGCUCGCCGUCCAGGUCUCUGGCGUAUACGCCAAUGGGACCAGCUUCUACUUUGAGGCUUUAGCCGACUUGGGCGUCUCCCUCACUAACGGCCCCGAUGGCAUCACGGGUGAGUGGAAGGGCAUUGGCUCUUUCAAAGGCUCAGCUCUGGACGAGCCCAAUGUUGAGUACACUAUCAACCUCGAUUCCCCUCAAAUGGACAUUUAUGGCACCAUUGUCUUCAAAUCGGUAGGCUCAUCUUUGGCCAACAUCACUGCCUCGCUAAUUCAUACGAAACAACAGAUUGCCCCCUCGCACUAUCCGUGUGAGCUGAACGGAGCUGUGGGUGCCAAUCAAAACCUGCUGCCCAGCUUGUAUUGGGCCAACGCCGUACCUGAUGCCAAUACCGUUGUUGAAUUGCAAGUCAGCGACACCACUAUUAGCUUCAACGACGGUGUUGGUUACCACGACAAGAAUUGGGGCAAUAAGUCCAUCAUCGACGUUCCUCGUUACUGGGACUGGGGUCACGGCCGCCUUGGUCCUUACUCUGUCGUCUGGUACAACCUCCUGGACUAUAACGGCAACGAAUCACGCCGCUCUUUCGUCACAAAGGAUGGCGAAGUCUUGCUUGUGAGCUGCAGCUCUGACGCUCUGAUCGUGCGACAAAAGGGUGGACAGGCCGCUUGGCCCCCUACCACCGGUCUGCUUGAAACUGAGGGCCUGUCAAUCAAUUACACACUGCCCGAUGGAGAGAUUUUCGCCAUCGACGUGACGACUGAGCUGAUUGUGCGAGAUGAAUCUGGUGCCUACCAGCGCGCCAACGGUCUGUUGAAAGGUGGCUUCGUUGGAAAGGAGACAAUUGAAGGCCGUGCUCAUUACGAAGAGUUCAUUUUCGGUAUCGUUAACAACUAUACGCCUAGUGUGUAG